CGUAAAGACGUAAUGUUAAUGUGCUUCGCUUUCCUCCUUUACCACUGUGCUAGGCAAGUUAGCAUGUGCAGCCCCGAGGGUUCCGCUUAAUUUACACCGUCAGUACAUUCAUAUUGGAAAGUUCAUAUCUUCGGCAAAAACAUGAGCACGCUAUGGAUGGGCAACCUGGAGGCCUACAUGGACGAGAAGUUUAUCACCAGAGCCUUUUCCACCAUGGGAGAGCAGGUGGUUAAUGUGCGCAUCAUACGCAACAAGAUGACAGGUGUGUCGUCACCCAGGGGUGCCCUGGGUUACUGUUUUGUGGAGAUGGCAGAUGAGGCCACAGCUGAGAGGUGUCUCCGCAAAAUCAACGGAAAAGCCUUACCAGGAGCCAAUCCGCCCACAAGAUUCAAGUUAAACCGAGCCACCUUUGGGAAACAAGACAGUGGGCAGAUGUACUCUCUGUUUGUGGGAGAUCUGACACCAGAGGUGGAUGAUGGGAUGCUUUAUGAGUUCUUUUACAACCGCUACCCUUCCUGUCGUGGUGGAAAAGUGGUGCUGGACAGCAUGGGCAACUCCAAGGGCUGUGGCUUUGUUCAGUUCCCAGACGAGCGGCUGCAGAAGCGGGCGUUGGAUGAGUGUCAGGGUGCUGUGGGACUCGGCGGUAAACCUCUGAGACUGAGCCUGGCUGCUAACAAUUUAAGGAACAGACAGCAGCAGCAGCAGCCAUCAGAGCACAGAUCCUGGCAGUCCAGCUCUGCAUACAGACACAGCUAUGACCAGUACAACCAGUACCAGCAGCAGGCCUAUCCUGGCUAUUACUCCUCCUGGGGCUACGAUCAGACUGCAGGAGGCUACGGCUACAACUACCAGCAGUAUGAUUACACACAGUAUCCCCCAGCACAGGAAACUGAAGCUGUUGAGGAUGAUGGACUUGAAGACCCCAGUCCGGAGCUGGAUGUGGUGGAGGCCAACAGGAAGUUCAUGGAGCUGAGUGAGGAACUGUACAAUGCUCUGAUCGAGUGUCACUGGCAGCCAGCAGACUUCUCUGCAGAGCAGGACUAUCUGACCUCAAGCCUGCCAGAGCCCAUUUACUGCUGAAACUCAGCACGGCGGACAUUCUAUUUACACCUCUCUGCUGACAGGAUGGAUUAUUUUUUAAGGACGUAAAGGAAACAAGUCAUGGUGAUGGAUCUAAAAAAAAAUAUUUUUGAUUUAUUUAUGAAUCCAAAGGAUUACAUGUUUGUCAGUAUCACUGCUUUGUCUCCAAAUGUAAAGAUAGACACAGUUGUUAACAAUCAAAUCUUAGAAACUAGAAUGACAUCAAUGUAAACAGAGCCAAAGAAAAGAAAUACCAGACAUGAAUCGAUACUUUGGUUCUCCUACACAAGGAGUUGACCUCAUACAGGAUUGUGUUGGUGUUCAGAAGAUAAACUGACAUCCCUGUCUAAAGGUCCAGUCAACAUGCUAUAUGAUGUCAUUUACGCGGAGGAAAAUGUGUGUGAUGGUGAAAGUUGUGUUUUCAGUGCAUUCAGUCUCUGCCCCCCUGGUUGGAUCCAUCUCUCUUCAGUUCAAAGUCAUCAAAAGCCCAAAUGUUCCUUCACUCUUUACAUUACACACAUCCUCUGUAAGAAGAGCGUACAGACUCAGCAGCAGAUCCACUACCGUCAGUACAUCAGUACAUCAGUGAUGUGCUGGUGGAAAAUCAGUUUGACCAAUCAUCAUUGUGUUUCAACAGUCCUUCAGACAGGAGAAGAUACGACAGUGUGAACAGAUGCUUGAUGAGUUUUUUAGUUUUUCAGAUCUAGUUUAAAGUAGAUCGGGAGCUGUUGUCUUUAACACCACCUUAAACCUGAAUGUGCAAAAGUUCACCUUAUUUAACAAAAACUGCAUCAUGACCCACACACAAGGGACAUUAACCAUUUUUGUUUAGAUGAGAACAUGUUAAUUAAAUAAAAAUGAUUUAAAGUGAA